UCUUUUUAUGACUAUAUAUACAAAUCCAGCAUGUCUAUGAUCCCAAGCGUGUUCGGUGGAAGACGUAGCAACAUCUUCGACCCAUUCUCUUUGGACGUAUGGGACCCCUUCCAGGACAUUUUCUCGGUCGCUAUGUCGGGUCCCAAUGCGUCAGCGUCGGCACGUGAAGCCAGCGCCAUAGCAAGCACCCGGGUGGACUGGAAGGAGACUCCGGAGGCGCACGUGUUCAAUGUGGAUCUUCCGGGGCUGAAGAAGGAAGAAGUGAAGGUGGAGGUUGAGGACGGGAGGGUGCUGCAGAUAAGUGGUGAGAGGAGCAGGGAGCAGGAGCAGAAGGAUGACAGGUGGCACCGCGUGGAGAGAAGUACGGGCAAGUUCGUUAGGAGGUUCAGGCUGCCCGAGAAUGCUAAUAUGGAUGAGAUCAGGGCAGCUAUGGAGAAUGGCGUGCUGACCAUAACUGUCCCUAAGGUUGAAGAGAAGAGGCCUGAAAUCAAGUCUAUUCAGAUCUCUGGCUAAAUCUUUGGUUCAAUUAAUAUACAAAUGUAAAGACAAAGCGUGUUGCGUUUUGUGUGUUUUGAUUUUGAAUGUAAUGGAUACGAAGGGGCCAGCGGUGGUUUGUAAGCCUUCGUUAAUAAAUGCUUUUGGUAAUUUGUUACUCUAUUAAUACAAGAAAAAAUUUAGCAUGGGCAA